AUGGCGGCUGGUGGAAGGAAGAAAGUUAGAGAAGAGGUUUCUCAACAAAAGCAUUGUUCCAGGAAAUUACAAAAGAAAAACGAAAUGCUCGCCUCGUACAAUCAGACGGCUCCACAUCGCGCGACGGAAUAUAACGGAUCAACGCUCCCAGAAUUACUAAGACGAGAAGUGGAUUUGUCGCCUCCAGCCAAGUUGAGAUCAGGGCGUCGCCUGCGCUCCUCCGGGCAGGAACGGAUCAGCGCCCUCCCAGACGACCUGCUUCGCCUCGUCCUCGCCCGCAUCGGCUGCGCCCGCGCCGCCGCGCGCACAAGCGUCCUCUCCCGCUGGUGGCGCGGCCUCCUCCUACCAGGGCUCGUCCUCCGCGGCAUCGCGUUCCACAAGCUCGAUGCGGCGCUCGGCCGCGUGUCUCCCGAGGUCUCCCUCCUCGAGAUCCACGUCGCCAAGUGGGCUUGCCGCCUCCCUCCCGAGCAGCUCCGGGCCUCCCGCGUCAGCUCCUUGCUGCGCGCCGCCGUGCGGCUCGCGCCCGAGGAGUUCGUCCUCGCUCUACCGGUUGAAUCAACACGAAACACGUACGACGUCGAGCUGCCAAGCUUCCACCAUGCCACCUCGAUCGUGCUGCACGUGCUCUUCUUCUUUAAGGUGCCGGCCGGCGUCGAGUUCCCCGUGCUCGAGACGCUGUCCCUCACGGGCUGCAAGGUCGACCUCAAUGCAUUGCUCCCCUGCUGCCCGUGCCUGCGCGUGCUCAGGAUCAAGCUGACCAAAUUUUGGACUAAAGGCAUGGACCUGACGGUCCACUCCGCGUCGCUGCAGGAGCUUGUCGUGAAGAACAAAUGGAUGCGCAAUGUCGAUAUUGUCGCCCCGUCGCUUAAGCAACUGACGAUGUCCAUGAUCUCUUACAUUGAUAAGAACAUCUCCGUCAUGGCACCAAUGAUGGAGAAGGUCUCGUGGCAGUGCUUGUAUGGCAGGGUGCCUGGUGUACGUGAAGCUUGUUUUGGUCUUUGGUGCCUCGAUAAGUUGCGGCUACAAACGGCCGAGAGACAAGGACAGCCCACUUCAUUACACAUUCAUGCCUAUACCGACAAAAGAUCGUAUAGGCUUCUCAACAAAGUGGACAGCUGUGCCAUUCAGAAGCAUAUCGUUGAUGCAUUCUCUGUUUUGGAGCUACAUCUUGAAACAGCUGGGCAUGUUUUCGGAGCUUUCGUGUUUCAUCUCAUUGAGAUGAACUGCAUUCAUAGUGCUAUGCAGAGGCUUAAGGUCGUCUUACAGAGAUCAAUGAAAGAAAGAUGCCUGACAAAUUGUUUGUGUGAUCCCAUGAACUGGAAAACCAAAACUAUGUCCGUGACCGCCCUCAAAGAGAUGGAAGUUGAAGGCUUCGAAGGCGAGGAUCAUGAGUUUGAUUUUUUGAAAUUGGUAUUCAAGUCUGCACCAAAUCUUGAAAGAGUUACCGUGAAGCUGUCACGUGAGGACCCAUCAAGUAGUGAUAUAUGCACAAAACUAUAUGACAUUUUCAGGGCCUAUUCUUCCGUGGAAUGUUGUGUUUGUCUUAACUCUGGGUUAAUGCAUGGCAGCCAAAAUUGUUUGUCGACAUGAUUCUCCAUUUGUGAAUUCAUGAUGGGCAUCAACAAGAUAGUCAUUCGACGUGCUGACCAACUCCAUAUAUAUUAAGUCGUUUCAGGAUUUGGCUUGGUUACUUCUACAGAUAAACUGAGAUGUUGCCGUGUUAUUUUUCACACUUCAAUGCAGCUUAGGCUCAGAAUAUUGCACUCUAGCUUGCUUGCUAUUUUGGAGACAGCUAUAUGCCGAGAAUGCUACAAUAAUCAAGACAUUAAAGUAGUUAUGCUCACCAUAUCUUCAGUUGUCGAAGUGUUGAACUUAUUGUGCCGAAAGCCUCAAACCAUGUUUAAUUGUCAAAGUUACUGUGCUUGACCUAUGUCAAUCAUGUGCACCAAGUUUCUCUGUUAGGCCUGUGAUUUCUAUUGCUUUUCACUGUUUCAUCACAUUUUGAAUGCUCAUCCUCAUAUUUGAA